CGAACCGAAGGGCGCUGUUCAGGCGUAGCCCGACUAGCCCGGCUUUCGCUUCCGAAGCAAACGGACCGCCCAGAGGCCGCCAGGCCAGCGCCGAGUCCCACCCCGCCUACCCGCGCGGGCGCAAGAGGGCGGGGCUCCCGGGGACCGCGCGGGGGACUUGGGGCGCAGGAGCUUCCCAGGCAUAUAGACCCGACUUCUCCCCCGGGCGGAAGGCAGUAGUCGGAGAGGCCAGAGGAGGAUCUUCCUGGAACUGCACGGUUGGGGCAGAACGGACGCACGUCCCCGAGGAACGACGGUAUGAAUAUAUUGGGGCAGAUCAUCUCCUUAGGCCAGCUCAUCUACACACAGUGUGAAAAGAUGAAUUACUGCCAGACACAGUGCCAGCGCCUGGGGAGUCGUGUCCGCGGCCUGCUGUCACCUCUGCAGAUGCUCCAAGCCCGGGGAGAGCAGAAUCUGCCCAAGGAGAUAACUGCCGCCCUGGACCGUUUCCAUGCUGUGCUGAAGGAGACUCAGAGGCAGGUAGACAAGUUUAGCAGUAAAUCCAGUGUCUGGAAGUUUAUAGCUGCAGGCCAAAACAAAAUACUCUUCAAGGACGUGAACAAGAACCUGAGUGAUGUCUGGGAGCAGCUCUCACUGCUCCUUCAAGUUCAUCUUCAUCUGUCAGUUUCAACGAUUAGCUAUGGAGCAUCCUGGCUACAGGAAGACCAGGAGGAUGCAGAGAAAGACAGACAAAACUUCCCAAAUGAAAAUAACAUAAAAGCUUUGUUGAGGCAAUUGGAAGUCAACACAAAUGAAAUCAAGGAAGCCUUGAGAGCGUGGCUCAAGUUAAACUCACUACCAAAAUCCAGGCAGGAGGUCCUCCAAGUUAAAAUCAAGGAGAUUAAGAAGGAGGACCUUUCAGGAGCCCCAUGGAGGCUGCUAAGAGAAAACGCAUUCAGCACACUUUAUAAAGGAGAGUAUCACAAGGCUCCAGUGGCCAUCAAAGUGUUCAACAAACUCCCGAACAGAAGCAUUGGGAUAGUGAGGUACACUUUCAAUGAGGAGGUCAGCACUAUGAAGAAAUUUGAUUCUCCCAACAUCCUGCGUGUAUUUGGGAUUUGCAUUGAUGAAACAGUGACUCCGCCUCAGUUCUCCAUCGUCAUGGAGCACUGCGAACUUGGGACCCUGAGAGAGCUGUUGGACAAGAAGAAGGACCUCAAGUAUGGCGAGCGAUUCCUCCUAGUCCUGGGGGCAGCCAGAGGCUUAUACAGGCUCCACCACACAGAAGUCCCUGUACUCCACAGAAACAUCAGCAGCUCCAGCUUCCUGGUAACUGAAGGCUACCACGUGAAGGUACUUGAGAAGAGGCUCCCACUGGGUGGAUGUGGGGCCACCCAGGUUUACAAGCCCCACAACCUGCAGGAGUCAACAUAUCUUAGGUCAAUUCUGCAAGUAUACCUUCCAAUGUCCCUGCAAGGGACAUGCCAGUCGCCAGUAAUAAGAGUCACCACAAAGCCCAGCAUUGCUAUCAGCUCUUUAGAAUCCCCUGUCCCCCCAGCCCCCAUCCAGAAGCACUUUACCAAUCAGCAGUCAUUUUUUUAUGAUUAACAACAUGGCUAAGGAGUAUAGGUGACAGUCUUCUUCAUCAGGUUUCCAGGGAAACGAAGCUAAAAAGUUAACUGAAAAUUAGAUUUUCAUAUGGAAUAGGAAAUGACUUUAUUAACCUGAUGUUUGCCAUUCCCAAACACUAAAAGAGUGUUUUGAUGUCAUCCAUAGAUGGCUUGCUUUUUUAUAGCGUUGAGUGUUAGGACAGCCCUUGGUUAACAGAAAACAUGUCCUUUCUGCUUUUGGGGUGUCCUUCCCCCUCCCCUACAGUGAUGUAAGUAUUCCCUAUCUUUGCAUCUACCCAGCUCUCAUGGUUCUCAGCCCACCUGCCUGUCAUAGGAGCUAUUCAGCCUUGUAGCCCUGGUAACUAGUGUGGUGCUCAGUAAACAAGUGAGCCUAGGAAUGAGUGAGAGGGGAGGCGCCAUCUAAGUGUCUUACCCUUUGUCGGACCUUGCCCUGGAUUUGGGUACCUGGCUGAGGUUAGUGCUGGCAGCCUCUGCACUCUGACGGUGCUACUAACAGGUGUGCAUGGAGCAAGAGCACACACACUCACUGAUGGCAUGUGAACUAUGAGCUCCACAUGACCAUGCAGGGUCAGCAGGCAUAACGCACGCUUGCCAAGUAAAAUCUGAAGGAACAGGCUGACCACCCUAUAGGGGCAGCAAGAGCAGAGGGAUGUCCCCCUUGUCAUUCUUCACCUGCUUCUGGAAGAAAGCAGGCCACAUGGUGGCUCCAUUUACCCCUCUCCAUUUACCCAUCUCCACCCUCACCUGGAGCUGAGUCGACUGAGAAACCCCUGUAUCUGACAUGGUAGUACCAGCAAUAACCACAGCUCCCCAGGUCUUACAAGUACUUUAUAACCAUGUAUCAAGUAAUCCUCAUUGCCGUCACCCCGUUUUAUAGAGAAGAAAUCUGUUUGUGUUUCUCUUGGUCAUUGCAUUCUGAUAGUUAAACCCAUGUUAGCCAUGGAGUAGCCCUACACAGAAAACACUCUAGAUAAAUACUAAUAGAUCCCUAAGGUAAAAGACCACGCCUUGGGACUGGCAGGUGGCUUGGUGGUUAAGGGUGCUAGACUCCCAUGUGGCUGACUACGGUUCCAGUCCCGGACCUGGCAGCUUGCUCUCGCUCGCUCUCUCUCCGCCCCCUGCCCCCGGUCAAAUUGAAAUAAAUAAAUGAAUGAAUAAAUAAAGUUAAAUAAAAUAUUAAAAAGAAAGACCACACCCUGAUAAUCGUGUGUAGUACCAACCCCCCUGCUUUUACCCCUCUGAGAUCGAGCUGUAUCGGUCUCCAAGUUACCUCUCUAUCUAGCUUGCAGGAUUUGAGUUGAGCAAAACCCAGAGUUCCAUCCGUCAGGAGACUAAGGGAAAGAAAAUUGAGAAAGUCCGUCCUACCGCAUAUGUCUCACCGCAGGGACUGGAAAAUUUGU